AUGUAUUGCGACCUGAACCGACAAUAUGACCCCCUACCAUCCCCCAACACCACCACCGGCAAGCCGGAUGGCACACCGGUCCCGGCGUACGAGGGCCCCGGCAUCGGUACCUUCCUCGAGCCCUUCGGCAAGUAUGACCUGCUCGCCUACAUGAACAAGUAUUGGAUAGCCCAAGCCCAGCCGAACAGCGACUUCUGGGGCCACGAGUUCAGCAAGCACGCAACGUGUUACAGCACCUUUGAUGUCGAGUGCUACGGCCCGCAGUACCGCGAGCACGAAGAGGUGGUCGACUUCUUCGAGACGGCCGUUGCGUACUACCAGAACCUGCCCACCUGGGGCUGGCUGUCGGCCGCGGACAUCCGGCCGAGCAACGUCUCGUCCUACAGCUUCGCCGACAUCCAGGCGGCCCUGACCACCGGCUUCGGCGCCGUGCCGUAUAUUGGCUGCUCCGGUCCGCGGUUCAACACUACCGAGGCGGGAGCGGGCAGCUCUGACAAUGGCUAUACGCGAUUGACAGAGGUCUGGUAUUACUACCAUGUCUACGGCCGACCUCAGAGGGGCCAAGGCCUGCCCGUCGAUGCCAGUAUCAACGGUGGCAGCGUGUCGAAUUGCGCCAAAACCCCUGGCGCUAUUCACUACUAUGAGCGUACAGCCAGCUCCGAGGCCUGA